AUGAGGUUUGAUCGAGACAGGCCCCCGAGAUCGCCGCCGAGGCGAGACUGGGGAAGGGACCGACAUAGAGAUAUGGAUCGGGGUAGAGAAUGGGAUCGCGACAGAAUUCGUGACAACAGAGACCGAGACCUGGACCGCCGAGAUGAUAGACGACGCUCACGCUCGCCGUUUCUUAGAGGUGGACCGGACCGAUCCUCAGGAAAGACGACGCCAUCUGGGUUCAGACCACGAUCACGUUCUCCAGGGCGACGAGACGACCGAUAUCAAUCAUAUCGACGACCAUCGCCCUCGAGGGACUCGAAUAUUUCCUCUGCCGUGCCCGUUCUGCCAACUUCCGGUAGAGAAUCUCCUAUCCCUCGGAAUCGCUCUCCCUACCAAUCUCGCGACCAAUCACCUCGCUACAUCGAUGGACCAAAAAGAGAUGAACUGGCUGGCAUCAAGUCGCCACCGCGAGGUCCUGCCGCGCUCCGUGUUAUGCCCAACGGUUCAAGAUCAGCUGGAGGCCAACUUGAUUCUCCAUCCUCAAGAUCAAGUGGCAUCCCCGACACAGCGAGCCCUACAAACCCACCGGCCGGCCCACGCGGCUAUGUGCCGUCUGGACGUGGUGGUUUUCAGCCACGUAUCAGUCGUGGAGGCUGGCCGCAGACACCAUCGCGUGCAGGUCCUUCGCCGGGGCCUUCCACACCGAUUGGCUCGUCGGGGAUCCCGACCGGCCCGCGUACCCAGUCCAUGAGCGCUCAGGGUGGUGCCUCUACACCAACACAAAGCCGGCCGUUCAACCCGCCCACGGGACCCGCUGCCCAGCAUGGCAGCGGCCCGAGGCAGACGCUCGCACAUGGCCUCAUGUCGACGAUGCCGCCGCUGAUUCCUGGCGGCAAGCUAGAUCCAAGUAUGCUUCCCAUGGUGCUCGGGGUCUCACGCGAUGUGGAGCCGCACUUCCGCAAGCUGCGUGAUGAGGAAGAAAAGAUUCGCGAGGAGCUGCGUGCCAAGCAAGAACGCCUACGCCGGAGCCUGUCCAUGUGGGGACGGCUGGAGAGAGAUGCGGCCGCCUGGGAGCUGCGCAGCGACCUGAGCGAGAAGAGUAUGAAGAACCUUGCAGGUGAGGGCAUGGGCGGCGCGGCGUUCUAG